AUUGAAAAAGUUGGUCACACUUUAAUGGUAUGUGAUAAAAUGGCGUCUGUCUUGUUUCGUUUGAUGACCUCGUAAAAUAUUAGAAAUAGUUUUUAGUGUGUGAUAGUUAGUGUAUAUAAUAGUUAUUUCUAAUUUAAAGAAAACUUAAGUAUUAUUCGUAGAAACCUUGAAAAGGGACUCUUAAAGUACGUAUUAGUAAGAGUGAAAUGUCCGAGGAGACCGAGCGGCAUGGCGAGGCGUCGUGUGAUGUGGGAGCAGGUGGCGGAGGCUCGAGCAUAGCCCGCGUGUUAAUGACCCCGCUCCAGCUCGACGCCGCCGCGGCAGACUCGCUCCGCGCCGCGUGGAGAAACCAGGACUUGUACAUAGACCAUCUUGAAACGUUGAACAAACAGUUGGAAGGAAGCCUGGAAAAGGCGAAAGAGGUAGAAGAUAGAAUAAAACAGCAGUAUGCUGAGUCCCAACAUAGAGAGAAGGUGUUAGUUAGACGGCUUGCAGCUAAAGAGCAAGAGAUACAAGAUUAUGUUAGUCAAAUUACGGAAUUAAAGUCUUCCCAUGCGAGUCUCAAUGGACGGCCGACCCUAUUAGAUCCAGCAGUCAAUGUACUAAUUUUAAGGUUAAAACAAGAACUCACAUCAACUAAAGCGAGAUUAGAAGAGACUCAGAAUGAAUUGUCUGCAUGGAAAUUCACACCAGACUCUAACACUGGCAAAAAACUUAUGGCAAAAUGCAGGCUGUUGCACCAAGAAAACGAAGACCUCGGACGUAUGACUUCAAGUGGGCGAAUAGCUAAGUUAGAAGGCGAUCUAGCACUACAGAAAAGCUUUAGCGAAGAAGUUAAAAAAUCACAAUCAGAACUCGACGAGUUUCUGCAAGAGUUGGACGAGGAUGUGGAGGGCAUGCAGAGUACGGUGCUGUUCCUGCAGCAGGAGCUGCGCGCGUCGCACGCCACAGUGAACGGCACGCGCACGGCGUCGCGCGCCGCCUCGCCCGAGAAGCGCACGUACUCGGGCAGCGACUGCAGCGACACGCCGCCCGGCAAAAGGAGGCGCGCUUCGGUGCUGUCGCUGGACUACAACGAGGACGAGGAGCCGCUCACCAUGAUCAACAUUACAAACGGUAAUCCCAGAAACAAAAUAAUUUUAAUAACAGGAGGACAGCAUGCGCGUGAGUGGAUCUCUGUGACAUCUGCCCUGUACAUAUUGCACAAUAUUGUCACUAAAUUUGAUACACAAAAGAAUUAUAUGAAAAACAAAAAUUGGUUAAUAAUUCCUGUAGUAAACCCAGAUGGAUACGCAUACACCCACGGUGUGGACAGGCUGUGGCGUAAGAAUCGACGGAGGUUUGUGAACUGUACCGGCGUUGAUGUUAACAGGAACUUUGAGACCGACUGGCGCAUUCCCGGUAUAACACAGCACAGUGAGUGCAAAACUACGUAUUCUGGGCCACACCCAUUUUCUGAAGCAGAAUCAAUAGCGUUACGAGAUUUAAUAUUAUCUUUGGAACGGAAACCCAUUGCAUUAGUUGAUCUGCAUGCGUACGGGAAACUGAUUCUGUAUCCUUGGAGUGCAAGGACGGCUCCCACACAUGACCGAGAUAUGCAUAAGGCGGUCGCUUCUAAAAUGCGAACUUCAAUAUUCAAAACCACCAAACAAAACUACACAUACGGAGCAACGUACCAUCUAGUGUAUCCAGCUACUGGCACCUUUGUGGAUUGGGCAUACGCGAAUGGAGUGACACAUGCCUACGUCAUCGAGAGCAGAGACAAAGGAGAACUAGGGUUUCUCAUACCACCAGGUGAAAUAGAAGAUACCGGCAAGGAAUUAUAUGCUGCCGUCCGCUCCCUGUCCAGAUUCAUUAACGUGCCAAAUAGAUUAAGUCAAGAAAAAGUGGAAAAUCAAACGUGGUUCUAGUUUUAAUACUACAAUUUAUUGCCAUAGUUAAAUUUUGCUAUAGUAACUAGAACUAAAAGUGAAUUUUAAUAAAAAAUAUCGCAUUA